UCAUUUAGAUCCGCUCAUCUUGUUGUAUCUGACAAUCAGAAAAGAUGGCUUGUGGUGGGAAUAGCACUCAACAAGAUACUUGUGCCACAGAUCCGUCCUUUUGUGGAACAAGAGGUUGAUAAUGAAUACAACAAUCUCAAGACGAGCCACAAUAUUCAUACACAAAAUACAUCUGGUCGUCUUCAAAGGUGGCCUGCAAGAAAGUUUUUAAAGUAUGAGACCAUCAAUGGUAACAGUCGUCACCCAAAGCUUCUGGGUGGGAAAUACAACUUUUCCUUGUUUGAUUGUAGGGUGUUAUCUCACAUUGACUUUGCCAAGUUGUAUGUUGAAAACUUCAUGGCUAAGUUCAGUGCUUUUGAUGACCAAUGUGAUGCUUCAGCUGUACUCACAUUACUUGGUGGUGUACCUGUGUUCUCAACAGCUGUUCAAGCUGCUGCUGGUGAUGUCAAGAAUGUUAGGAAUGACUGGGCACACUGUGACUUCAGUAAGUGGGAUCCUGUUAAGUUUCAGCAGAGCUUUGUUGUGAUGGAACACCUGGUGAGAGUUAUGGCUCUACCUGCAGUAGAUGAAGCAAAACUCCUCGGAGAGCUGAAAGACUGGGAAACUAAAGGUAAUUGCACUUUGAUAUAGAGGUAAAAUAUAGUAAUUAGUUAUUGCAAACUGAAUCACAUGCAAUUCUUUUAAGAAUUAAGAACUUAAAAGUUUUGAUUGGCCAAACCAUCAUGGUAAAUCAGCUAUUAUAACUAUAUUGCUCUCCAAACACGAGUUUCUGCAUUAUAAUAUAUAGCCCACAUGGGAAUUAAUUUUAGAUCAAGUUUUAUAAGAACAAAUAAUCCAAGGCUUCAUGUAUACAAAAAAAUACCUUAACAUUCCGCAGUUGUUUUGCAUUUUUAUAUAUUUUUUAAAGCAUGAUGGUUUAAAACAACAUUUGUUGUUUUGUGGCACCAAUUAAACCAUUCUGACCCAGACAAAAGUCGCCAUAAAAUGAUAAUUCACCUGUAAUAAGGUUGUCAAACAUGGCAGCUUCUAAGUUUUUAAACUCUUCUGCUUUUGCUGUUGCAUAAGGGAUCCAUAAAAAUAAUUCAUUUUUUUCUCACAGUUGUCAGCUGGGCAAGUAAGCGUUAUGGCAUACUUGCCUGGUUACGAUUUGGGUUGCCCGGACAAAAGUGCAGAAUUAUAUAAAGGAAUGGUGAAAAAAUUGUGUGCAACUUGAACAUUUCUGAUCAGCAUGUUAUUAUUUCCAUCAUAGUUACUAAGAGAGGGUUUAAAGUAAACUGUUAAGUACAAGAGGCUACAGGCCUAGGCCUAACACAGUUUAUUUGCAUUUUACAAGUGGCCACAGUCGAUCAGAUUCCUGUUGCAUGAACGCGCUGAUGACUAACCUGAUGAGCAAUUAUGCUGUGUAGACUUUAAGCCUUCUCUACUUUGUUUGUAGGGACUCUGUUGUGCUUGAACUCCCCUGUCGACCCAGUGUUGCUUCAACUUGUCCAGCAAGGAAUUAAAUUUCUGCAAGAUAGUAUAAAUAACUUGUCUGUAGAAUUUGACCAAGAUAAGAUAAAAAUGCAGCAAGAGCUGCAAAAUGCUGCAGCAGAGAUGAAACAGAUGGCAGAAAGAUUAAAUCAUUUUCAAGGUAAUAAUCAUUGCUUAUUAACCCAGGCUCCCAAACUAUUACGGCCUCGACGGAUAACACCCUCCUCUCCAUAAUUCUUCAUAAGAAACUCAGCCUCAUUCAUUAAUUGCUAAUUAUUAUACUCUUGUCCUUAUUCAAAAUAAUUUUCUUUUAUGGUUUCUAGCUUUUUAAGUAGCUAUUGGAUCACAGAAACAUUGUAUGCAAAGUGCUUCUGUUUUGUACAUGUAGAUCAGAGGUUUGGACAAGGCCAGAUGCAAAGUCUGUUAGCCCCUUCAUACGUCCUUCAUGUUAAUUAUUAAAUCUCCUUCACAAUAAAAAUGGAUCUGAUUAUCAGAGGAUAUCUUUCCCUUGCUAUUUAAAACUUUUUUAUUAUGUUAGUGUACGCCUUCACUCUUGGGGUUGUACAUUUUGUUUUGUUUGCAUAUUAUCUGUAGAGGAUGUAGCUGACAAUGGCAAUUUUAAGAUAAGAUUCUGUGUCUCCCUGCUUGUCCCGUAUUAAUCAAAUCUUCUGCAUAUUUACUUGUUAAACAAAGAAAUUUUUCACCAAAUCAUUCACAUUGUGUUUAUGACUUGCUUGUGCUUUUGUAUCGUAGAGGAUGCAGAUCAGAGGUUUGGAAGUCUAGAGAUUCGUACUGGACAAGUUGAAGAACAAGUAUGCAGUCUGAAAGGUAAAUACGAGAUAAAGAUACUAUAAGCCCUGUCGCUCGAUCCUCACUUGUUAAUUAUACGUCUUGCUAAUUUACGUACAUGACGCAGAUAAUAGUAUCGUAAAUUUUCUAAUUAGAACCCAACCUUUCUAAGUUGAGACAUGAAGAGAAGGGAGCGGGUAUUAAUUGAAGGUUCGCUUCUCUCCUCUCUGUGCUCGUUGAUUCAAGGGAUCGUUCACUGUAUUCCUUGUAUUUGUUUAUUGAAGAGGUUGCAGAUCAGAGGUUUGAACAAGUUGAAGACCAAAUGUACAGUCUCAAAGGUAAUGUAGAGAUACGAUCUUGAACCUCCUUCCUUCUGAAAGAUCGUUAAGUUCUGUCUAGAGGUCUAGCAUGCUCCUCUGAUUUAAUGAGUUUUUGCCACCAAAUUGCCAGCUCGCUUACCAAGACGAUACAUGCGUGAUACUUAUGUUGAGAGAGUGAAAGGGCCGGCCAUAUAUCUAUUUUUAUUGAGGGCGGGUGUUGGCAAAGGAAAAGCCUAUAGCUGAUUGCUUUAAUCAAUAUCUUAUGUUACUCAGUGAACAUUACUAACCCAACCAUGAAGUGAUAUCAAUAAUUUUAUUUUUUUCCAUUCAGCACUAGACAGUGAGGUAGUCAUCUGAACUUAAACAAUUGCAUCUGUCUUUUUGCUUUUUCGGGUUGACACUAUGAUCUUUUACAUUGUUGUGCAUGGGGAAGCAGUGAGAUGUAGAGCUAUAAUAAAAUUUAUUUUUUUCCCCUUUUUUUCACAUCUCACGAACAGAAAAGAUUCAUGACUUGUCAGGAAGAGAAUCUGCUCUUGAAGACCCACCGAUGCCAUUUGGUAGGUUUGUUGCAAUGAUAACUCAUUUUGAGAAUAAUUUUAUUUAUGGAAAGUCCCACUUAUAUCUUGGACAUAUCAGAAAAGUCCGGUUACACUUAAGAAAAAGUUAUAUUAUUAUAUCUAACAUCAUGUUUAAGUACAUAUCUUAUUGCUUCUCUGGGUGGUUUUCUGUGAUUUUACUAAGUGGUUAUUAAAAACGUGCCUGCAAGUUUCAAGAGGACGUUUGAAUGGUUUGCGUUAACCGGCUAGAAAAGUUAAUAAAGGCAAUACGGACGAGGGUGGGGGUAGUUUACCUUUCGUCUCUUUUCGUAGGCUUUUUUUCUAAUUUUUGAUGGCAUGUUUGUGUCUUAUUUCUCUUUCACGCCUUAGUCAUUCCAGAGAAACUUGUAGAACUUAUCAGACGAGACUACAAAGGCGCUGUGCUGUGUCCCUUUCCAUGGUGUGAAGAUGAACUGCAACUGAAGCUAUCGAACAUCUUCACAAGACUACAGAUAGUAAGUAGAACAAAAGAACGUUCACAACUAACGGAUGACACCGUCAAUAUGACAGAAAUAUUCAAGUCGCAUCCAGAAAGCCCCAGUCCGAGAGUGGUGCUGAUCGAGGGGAAUCCUGGGAUGGGCAAAACCACGUAUUGUCAAAAGCUGGCUCAUGAUUGGUCCGUGGGGAAGAUUCCACCUGAUACGUCAUUUCCUAAAGUGGAAAUUUUGCUUUUGUUGAAAUGCCGUGACAUGCACAUGAAAACCGCGAACAUCGAGGAAGCUAUUGAUGAUCAGCUUCUUCCAAAAGAUGCAGGCAAGAAGGAAAAAGAAGACUUCUUCCAUUUUAUUCGUUCAAAUCAGUCUAAAAUAUUACUGAUUCUCGAUGGUCUGGAUGAAUUACGUCAGGAGCUACUUCCGUGCAUUCAGCCCUUGAUUCAAGGCAAAAUCUUUUCUAAUACGUUCCUCGUUUUAGCAGCUCGACAUGAAGCCGGAAUAAGACUACGGCGAUACUGUGACACGCUCCUGGAAAUCAUCGGAUAUACUAAUGAUGAUGUGGACUGUUACAUCAAGAAGUAUUUCAGUAAGCACGAGGAUCAAAGCCUUGCGGAAAAAAUGAUUCAGCAGCUGAAAAUUAACACAGAGCUGAGAGAGUUAACGGCUAAUCCACUAAAUACAGCUUUGUUGUGUCUUCUGUGUGAAGAGACAAAGGGAAAUUUCCCUUCCAGUAGAACGAAAAUUUACGAUGAUAUUGUCUCAUGCGCUCUGAGAAGGUAUUUUACCAGGAAGGGCGUGCCUUUGAGUGACGACGAUCCCCUUGAGAGAUGUUCAGACGAGCUGAGUCAGUUAGGAGAAACAGCAUUUGAAGCCCUGUUGAAGAAUCAGUUGUAUUUCAGUAGAGAUGACCAAACAAGCGAGUCCACUGAUUUCCUACAAUUACCGUUUCUUUCCCGUGCGCCUAGUUUGAGCAAAAUCAGGCCAAAGCCAUGCUAUGCUUUUACUCACAAAACUUUCCAGGAAUAUUUUGCUGCAUUCUACCUGGCCCAGCAAAUCAUAACUGGAAACAAAGAAAAGGCCCAGUCUCUGCUAGCUAAGCUCAGUCCUGUUGACAACUGGCAGGUGUGGGAAUUUCUCAUUCCAAUGGUGUCAAGCAAGAGCCGUGAAAUGGCAGGUUUUGUAGUAUCACGUCUUUGUUCUUUUUUCUUUCAAGAAAGGCCACAUAUGACAAACGAUGGCGCCCUUGCUGAUGCCGACAGGUAUCUCGAGGUCUGCGGACGCAAACCUAGUGACUGGACUAUAAGUGUGGACAAACGGAGUGAUAACGAGAAAGUGUUAGACGAUGUGGUUACUAAAACACUUCAUGUUAUUAAAGAGUGUGAAGACAAUGAGAGUGAACUAAAGGAUUACCAAAGAAAAAUGGUGCGUGUACUAGCGAAAUGUUUUCCAGUGAGAAAGUUGAGCCUUGGCCAACUUGACCGCUAUUAUAUCGUUUAUUCCGAAUACUUGAAAACCAACAGCACAUUGACAGAUUUACGUUUAAAUAGUACUUUAAACGAGGUGCUGUUAGCAACAGUUGAGGGGGUUCGUGAAAAAGACUUAAAGCAUUUGAAUUUGCUUAGCGUGAACACUGACCUUUUCUUUUGGAAGCUUUGUAGCUACCCUCACUUGAAAGAAGACUCGGAAUAUUCUUUUUCCUCUUCUGAAAAAAACAGAUUCAUUGCAAGUUUUACACAGCACCAGUCAUGGAUCAAGAAUUUUGGUGCCAAAGAACUUGGGAAGUGUCUUCGGUCGUUUCGUCAUUUGACACAUUUGAAAUUUAGCGGAGACUUUAUCUGCUCUGAGGGAGCCGCAGCACUCGCAGAAGUUAUUCGUGCGAGUCAUAGUUUGACACAUCUGAGUCUUCGUAACGCUGGCGUCCGUGAUUUAGACGCCAUUGUCAUAGGUAACGCUCUACAGUCAAAUUGUACUUUAACCCAUCUAACUCUGGCGGGAAACCAGAUCCAUGAUCUAGGAGCAAUUGUUUUAGCAAAUAGUUUAAAUAGCAAUCGUUCUCUACAGUAUGUGGAUCUAAGUGAUAAUGAUGUUGGUGAUUCAGGAGCUCAGGAGCUUGCUCGUGUGUUGAGAUCUAACUCUUCUCUUACCUUCCUCGAUUUAAGUAUUCCAUUAAGAAGUGAAGAAAACGUAAAACCCGUCCUUAUAUUGGAUUCUGAUUCUGAAAUCCAUCAACACUUUGUGCGCUGUGAUUUGAUUGGGGCAUCUGGCGCUUCAUCACUUGCGCGAGCCUUGCGAUCGAAUCGAUCGUUGACUUAUUUAGACCUUUCAUUCAAUGAGAUCGGGAAGGCGGGAGCUGCAGCGUUUGGAGAGGCUCUCCAAUCAAACUGCACUUUGAGUCAUUUGUUCCUAUGCAGCAAUGCGAUAGGUGAUUCGGGAACAGCAUCCCUUGGAGAAGGUCUGAAAUCAAACUGCUCUCUAAGUCGACUAUAUCUGACUGAAAAUGGAAUCGGAGAUCCUGGAGCAGAAGCUCUCGGAAAGGCAAUGCAAUCAAAUCGCAGCUUGACCCAUUUAAAUCUACAAGUUAACCUUAUUGGCGAUUUAGGGGCAGCGGCCUUGGCAAGGGUACUGAAAUCUACUGGUAUUCAGUUGACUCAUUUAGAUUUGGCUCUCAAUAAGAUCAGCUGUGUGGGUGCAGAGGCUCUCGCGAAAGCUCUUGAGUCCAACAGCUCUCUUAAGGCUUUAGAGUUGGGAAGCAAUGUGAUCGGUUCUUCGGGAGCAUCUUCGUUUGGAAAAGCACUUCGAUCAAAUCGUACUCUUACGCACUUGAUUGUGACCGGUAACAAUAUCACCGAAUCUGGAGUCACAGAAUUGGUAGAUGCUCUCCUGAUUAAUAACAGUUUGAUCUAUUUGAAUGCGGAAGACAAUUCGAUUAGUUCGCUAGAGGCGAAGAACCUUAAACGGGAUAUCCAGUCGCAUUGUGUUAUUUUUAUAUAG